UACCGUCAACAUUAGCUUCAUGGCGCUACAAUCAAAAACAUUUUGUGCAAGUAACAAAGACAUUGUGUCUUGCAUCCCAACUAACCGUGUAAGUUUUUAAAGAUCUUUCAUUCAAGGUCUUUACAUCUUUGUAUCGAUCUUCAAUGUCUGAUUCACUCUUCCUCUUAAUCCUAUUCUUAUGUUUGUUUGUAAAUCCUUGUCUUUCCGACCCAAGAGCCACAGAGGCUGCUCUCAUAUGCACCAACAAAACUUCCCCAAUGCCACAGCGCCAAACCUUCGUAAGCAACUUCUUGGCAGCCAUGGAAACGUUAACCCCUUUGAUUGCCACACAAAGAUACGCAGCUGUUGUGAACGGGACUGGUAAUACCACAGUUUAUGCUUUUGGUGAGUGCAUGAAAGAUCUAACUAAACCAGACUGCGAUCUUUGCUUUGCUCAGUGCAAGUCUCAGAUCCUCAGGUGUUCACCAUAUCAAAGAGCCACUCGUGGUGGCAGGCUUUUCUAUGAUGGGUGUUAUCUAAGGUACGAUGAUUACUAUUUCUUCAAUGAGGCUUUGAGUGUGCAAGACAAGAUCGUGUGUGGAGCCCAAGAGUUUGUUGGGAAUGGUUCUGUUUUUAGCGCUAAUGUUAAUCACCUGGUGAUGAAUCUAAGCGUGGAAGCGCCUAAGUUUGAUGGGUUUUCUGUGGGGCUUGUGACCAAUGAAAAUGUCACGGUUUAUGGAUUGGCUCAGUGUUGGGAAUUUGUGAAUGGAACUGCUUGUGAGGACUGCUUGGCCAAUGCGGUUUCUAACAUUAGUUCAUGUACUGCAAAACAAGAAGGAAGGGUCUUGAACACUGGUUGCUAUUUGAGGUAUUCGACAGAAAAGUUCUAUUAUAAUUCGACUCAGCAUGUUAGACUUAGAAACAGUAAUCAAGAAAGCAAGUUAGCUAUAGCUUUGGCUGCAACAUCAUCUGCUUUGGCCCUUUUGCUGGUUAUUGCAACGGUUGUCUUCAUUGUGAGGAAGAAUGUACUAAAGAGGAGGGGAGAGAGAGAGCAACUAGGCCCUUUGUUGGCCACUGUGAACAACUCCAAACUCAAUUAUUCAUACGAAGUUCUUGAAAAGGCCACAAAUUACUUUCACCAUUCCAAGAAACUGGGUCAGGGAGGAUCUGGUUCUGUUUACAAGGGAGUUUUGCCAGAUGGGAAGGUUGUUGCCAUUAAGAGGCUUUUCUUCAAUACCAGACAAUGGGUGGAUCAUUUCUUCAAUGAAGUCAAUUUGAUCAGCGACAUCCAUCACAAAAAUCUUGUAAAGUUGUUGGGAUGCAGUAUUGCAGGCCCUGAAAGCCUUCUUGUUUAUGAAUAUGUGCCAAAUCAAAGCCUCCAUCAUUACUUUUCUGCGAAAAGGAAGUUACAGCUGCUAAAAUGGGAGGUGCGGUAUAAGAUCAUAUUAGGUACGGCUAAGGGCUUGGCCUAUCUCCACGAGGAAUUAGAAAUGAGAAUCAUUCAUAGAGACAUUAAAUUAAGCAAUAUAAUGCUAGAAAAGGACUUCACGGCAAAGAUUGCAGAUUUUGGACUUGCUAGAUUGUUUCCAGAAGAUAAGACACACAUCAGCACUGGCAUUGCUGGCACACUAGGUUACAUGGCCCCAGAGUAUGUUAUUCGCGGCAUAUUGACUGAGAAAGCAGACGUUUACAGUUUUGGUGUUCUUGUAAUUGAAGUUGUAUCUGGAAAGAGGAACAAUACCUUCUCUAAAUAUUCGUAUUCCAUCCUACAAAUGGUCUGGAACCUUUAUGGAAUAGGUAGGGUAUGUGAAGCUGUUGAUCCAGCCUUAGAGGGUCAGUUCCAAGAAGAGGAGGCAUCUCGAUUACUUCAAAUUGGGCUACUAUGUGUACAAGCCUCUGCAGAGCUGCGGCCAUCAAUGUCAACAGUAGUGAAAUUGUUAUCUGAUAAUCAUGAAAUUCCUCAGCCAACACAUCCACCGUUUCUCAAUUCCAGUAGUGCAGAAAUCAGUCAAUCUAGAUCAUCUAGAACAUACAAUUCUCAGCCUGAGUCCUACACUCACUCUUUAGGUAGACCAUCUAGAACAUACAAUUCUCAACCUGAGUCCUACACUCACUCUUCAGGGAACAAGUCAACAGAAAGUGGGAUUGAGCCUAGAUGAACACUUAACCUUCUUAAACAUUUUUUACAUUAUUCCCUUGCUUUAAAUUCUUUCAUUCGAUCCAUUCCACUGGGUUUGGCUGUUGCCAACUUGAAGGUUCUCUGCUUCCAGGAUUUUCAAUCCCAAAUUUUUGCUACUUGAUUUGGUAGCACAUUGGAGUUUGUUUGCCCAAAGAUACUACAAUACAAGCUGAAAUGGUUUGAGUGACUCAGGGAGCUGUUUGUAAUAGUCCUUGGUGGCCCUUGUGAAUAUCAUAGGAUACAGAGUCAUACCACUCCAGCCUGCACCGACCAUCUGCUAAAAUACUAAGUUAGAAUUUGAAUCUUGUAUAGUUUCACGAUGUUUUGACAAUUUGGAUCGAGCUGAAUGCCUUCCGUAAACUCGAAGUAAAGCUGCUUACUAGAACUCUUUUACAUAGGAUAUGUAAGUUACAUUGCACAAGGAUUUUUUUUUUUUUUAGAUAGAUGCACAAGGAAAUUUUAUGGUUAUAAGUUUUGCACUCAUACUUUUUUUU